AAAAGAGGGUAGGAAAUAGCAACUCUACACAGAAAAAAGUUACACAACUUACAAGAACGGUGGCCCGUCGCAAUGCAACUCAACCCGAUCGGAACCUGAACCCGAACCUCCUCAACCGUCUAAUCGUCAGACACCAAAUGCACCCACUUCCCCCCAUACCCACCUUCUGAUCAUCAUCAAAACCACAACUUUUCACCUAAAUAACUCGAUCAGAACCCCUAACCCACCAAAACAAGCAUGAUUUAAAGUUACCCCCUUUUCACAACCCUAACUAACUUUCACUCCUACAGUCUUACUUAUAGAUGGCUGAUGUUAGCUCUCCUGACUUUGACAGAACUGACAUCUCCCCACUGGUGAACAGUGAUGAUGACGAUUCGAUGUCGAGCAAGAGAAAAGAAGCAACAAGUCAUGAGUAUGAGAGCAGUAGGAGAAAGAAGAAGAAGAAACAAGGUGGUACGCCCCGUCCUGCUUGCUCUUGGGUGCAUUUUAGCCGCGAGUUCAUUAAGGAGUACAGCGCUUCUCAUCCUGAAUCCUCUGGCCUGAAAGUUGCAACAAAAGCAGCGUCAGAUGCUUGGAAAGUGAUGACCGUUCAAGAGAAAGAAAAAUACACUAAACGUGCUCGUGAAGUGUGGGAUGAUUACUUGAGUUCCACUCCACCCCGUGAACCAAAACCGAGAAAACAGGCCAACCUAGUCACAAGGUGCUCACCAGGUCGUUUAGUGAACGUGAUGAAACGGUUUACUCCUGACCAAAAGGAAGCGGUAAGGGCCAUCGGAUUCGGUAGCCUACUCGAUCUCAAAUGUAGAACCCUACGCCGCAGUUUGUGCCUUUGGUUACUGGAAAGAUUCAACACAAUUAGGCGAAGUUUAGAAAUUUGCGGUAAACGGAUACCUUUAUCGCCCCGUGAUGUGGAACUCGUAAUGGGAUUGCCGGCUAGUGGGAGAGACGUGGUGAAUUCUGGGCCCGAUGAUCUAGUAGCAGGUUUACGUUUAAAAUAUAACGCUUCAAAUCGGGGAAUAUCCGUGAGGUUUUUGGAGGAGCAAUUGGGAGAACCGGAAGCCGGAGAUGAUUUCAAAAGAGCGUUUCUUCUUUACGUGUUGGGCACGCUUUUGUGCCCUACGGCAAGGCUAGACGUUAGCCCGUCAUUUCUCCAUUUUUUGACGGAUAUGGAUUCGGUUCACGAGUAUAAUUGGGCAAAAUUCUUGCUCGAUAAGUUAGUUAGGGAGGUAACACGUUUUCGCCAAGGAAAACAACGUGCAGUCGGUGGCUGUCUUCUGUUUCUCCAGUUGUUUUACUAUGAGAGUGUUGCGAUUGGAGGAUCUUAUGAGCUUGCUCCGGUUGUUGUCCCGUGCUUAUCUUCAUGGACCGAAGAACAUAUUUCCGAGAGAGAGAAACAAGAGAAAGAGCUCGGUGGUUAUGGAUCUGGAGAGGUGGUUUGCAACGAGAGAGGUCUAGGGUUGAGUCUGUUAGCUGAGAAGGCUAAUGUUGGUAUGCUCCCAUUGACAAUUAGAACUAAUCGCGCUAUUCUGCCUCUACAUGAAGAAAAUCUGGGGAACGAGGCUCUCACUUACAAAGACGAAAAUACCUUUUCAUCCAAGAUCGAAGGCUACGGGUACAAUAACGCAUUGGAUUUCUCAAACAUGAACGAUCAUAGUGAUAUAAUUACGUACGGUCAAAGUACAUGCCCUCUUCCAAGCUGUAAUUUCACAGGUCUUUACGAACACUUAUCCGAUCACUUCACAACAGAACACUGGGACUCGGGACACCGUUUCCAGUACAAUUGCCCGUUACCCGUAUCGUUAGGCAUGGAUGAAACUUUUCUUGUACUCCAAGCAGAAGAAGACGGGCUUCUUUUCCUACUCAACAAAGGGACCGAAAACAUAGGCCACACUGUUAUGGUCACUUGUAUUGGCCCAAGCCAUUCUAACGAACACUUUUUUUACUGUCUAGUUUCGGAAAGAGGAAACAGCUCGUUAAAACUCAAGUCUUAUACGCAGACUUUACCGGGUCGGGUUGAUGGGAUUCCGCCUUCGGAUUUUCUUUUGGUUCCUUUCGGGUUUCUAAAUUCGUGUGGGGAGCUGAAUUUGGAGGUUUGUAUAUGGAACUCGUCAGAUUUAGUUGGAGUAAGAUCUUAAAAGAGUAUCGAAAUCAUAUUUUUCGGUUUUCUUGGAUUAGAAAGUGUACGUAAUAGCCGUCUUGUGGGUUUUUUUCUCAUAUUAUUAUUUUGGUUUUUAUAUUUGAAACGAUGAAGCAUCAUAUAUAGCUAUUGCAAAUACUGGGGAGUUAUUUGAAUAUAAUCCAAUAGUCACGCGCUAUAUUACUGGUGAGUU